AUGGAAUUUGGACCAUCAAAAAAUUUUACUCAUGAUGAAUUCUAUUUGAUAGGAUUUACCUCACUAAAGGAGUACAGGCGACUGCUUUUCCUCCCAUUUUGCCUAAUGUUCAUCUUUGCUGUCAGUACUAACAUUGCCCUUGUGUUGAUCAUUGCAAAACAAAGGACACUUCAUUCUCCGAUGUAUGUGCUGAUAUGUUUCAUAGCUUGUGUGGAUAUAUGUGUUCCAUGCUUUGUUGCCCCACGAAUGUUAUUUAGUUUUGCAUCAGGGAUCAAUGUUUGGCCUAGAAUAUUAUGCCUCAUUCAGAUGUUUUUUGUUCAUUAUGCCUGUAGUUUUCAGUCCACCAUCUUGUUUGGGAUGGCUGUAGAUCGUUACUUUGCUAUCUGCAUGCCACUACGAUACAAUAAUGUAAUGAGUUUCAAUAAUUGUAUGAUUAUUACAGGUGUUAUUAUAGUGCGCAACACAAUAAUUAUAACAGCAAUGAUUGCACUAGUUGGAACACUUCAAUUCUGUUCUUCCAAUGUUCUCUAUCAUAUUCACUGUGAGCAUCAGCUAGUGGUCACUUUAGCCAUCCCCUGUGAAGACACUACAAAGAACUACAUAGCUGGCUUGAUCAGCUUUUGUGUGCCCACUAUUGAUUGUGUUGGAAUUGCAUUGUCUUAUAUAAUUAUAUUUUUUGUCAUUUCACAGUCUGCAGCAGGAGAAUCCCGCAGCAAAGCAAUUUCAACUUGUAUAACACAUUUAAUAGUCAUCUGCAUUACUUACUUCACCUCUAUGGUUGCCUUCCUCGCCUACAGAGUGCAAUCUGGCCUUACUCCAGACCAGCGUGUCCUAAUCAGUCUACUGUAUCUACUUGUCCCAGGCAUCUGUAACCCAGUAAUCUAUGGCAUCAGGACUAAAGAAAUAAGGGACCAGCUUAUUAAGAUUCUUAACAUGAAUAAAGUUAAUGCUUUUUGA